CAUCGAUGCAGAUCUCCCGAAUUAUGCUUUUUAUUGGGGUGAAUGUGACAUAAACUUGUUACGGGCACAUUUGACAGCCAAUUUGUAAUUUGUGCGGAUGGGCGUUCCUUUAAAUAUAUCACAGAUGUUAGAUAAAGACACACGUUGGGGACACAGACUGAAAAUUAGUUUUAUUUAGCGUUUUAUCUUGAGCACAUGGCUUAAAGAUGCGAACACUUUUGUGAAAUAUCGGGACCGAAUUUUUAAAGGCGGUGUUGAUGGUUAAAGUCAUUGUUUCGGAAGUGUAUUGUUAUAGUGAUUGCUGUGUUCCUGAUUUAAAAUGAACUACUAUUCAAACAUUUUCCAACCUUACGAUUUACCCCACAAUUUCCCCCUUCAACGACUAAAGUACCCCGAAGUGAGUGACUAUCAUAAAACGGUUUCGAAAAGUAAAACUGAAGUGAAUUCUGAAGUGUUAACGUCGAGAAUUAAGGACACAAACGCCGGUAGGAAACGAAGGAACAUUCAAGCAGAUGUGUUUUUAAGGAACUUGGAAAAACAGGACAAAUCGCCGAUGUCAGACACUUCUUCUAACAGCAGCCGGAGAUCCAUAGAUGACUCCAAAAAUAUGAGCUUAAGAAUAGACACCGGAUACGUGAGCGCGGAGAGUUCGAUAGAAGAGAGCGAAGAGGAAAAAGAAAUCGCGCAUCACAUUUUAGAGCCGGCGGUACAUCAUACAGGAUGUUCGAUAAAUGGACCGAGGAAGUGCCUGGCAUGGGCCUGCAAGGCUUGUAAAAAGAAGACCGUUGCAAUAGAUCGAAGGAAAGCGGCCACUCUUCGAGAACGUAGGAGACUUAGAAAGGUAAACGAAGCAUUCGAAAUGUUGAAGAAGAGAACCUGCAACAAUCCCGGCCAAAGGCUACCCAAAGUAGAAAUCCUAAGAGGUGCAAUAGAAUACAUAGAAUACCUAGAAGAAAUUUUACAAGGUUCCAAAUCUUCUAUGGAUAGCAGGAGUCCAAUAGUUCCCAAAAAUGAAUAUAUGAAUAGUGCAUCAAAUCCAUUCGUUUGUGAAAGGCUGCAGCAGUUUAGUGAACCUCUACAGAGAUUUAAUUCCUCAAAUGGUUGUGACAUGGGUACCAGCACAUCCAGCCUGGAUUGCCUAAACCUCAUCGUACAAAGUAUUACCAAUAAAAGCAAACACGAAAACAGCGAUCGUGGUACUUAACCACCUUCAAUUUGUUAAUUUUAGUAAUUGUUGCUAUCAUAAUAUAUAGUUAUUUAUAA